ACUUAAAUCAAAAGUAAACAACAGUUACUCGCGGUCCGGAGCAUGCUUGCUGAAAUUGUGGUCCGCAAAAUUCAAUUUCGAUUUUGAGAAGAAAAAAUGGUCAAAUCUGUGAUGAAGCUGAAACGAAAAUCGCUCAACUGUUCCCAAUGGGAAGAGACGGAGAAGAUAGAAGAUGAACCUUUGAAGCAAAAACCAACUGUCGCCGAAAGCUAUAACGACACUGGCGACUCCGAAGCAGAUCUUCCUGAACAAAGUGCCACGGAGGAUAACGAAUCGGAUCAGGAAGGGAUAGCAUCGAAAAAAGUAAAAUUGGUCACACCUUUGCUAAAGAAGAAAACUGGCAUCGUCUACAUCUCUUCGAUACCAAAGCACAUGAACGUGACGAUUCUGAGGGAACUACUCGAGCCGUACGGUGAGGUUGGGCGGAUCUACCUGCAGCCGGAACGAAAAGACGGUACAAUAAAGAAAAAAACCGCCAAAGGAAAACGCGCCAUGCUGCGAUACACCGAGGGUUGGGUGGAAUUUAAACGAAAACGCGUCGCCAAACUGAUCGUCGAGCAGCUCAACACGAAGCCGAUCAGCACCCGGAAGAAGUCCGUGUUUUGCGACAUCCUCUGGAGUAUGAAGUAUCUGCCCCGGUUCAAGUGGAUUCACCUCAGCGAACGGUUGUCCUACGAACGGGCCGUCUACAAGCAGAAACUACGGACGGAAAUCGCACAGGCACGGAAGGAGGCCAGCUUCUUCCAAAGCCAUCUGGACCAGAGCGAUGCGGUGCGGAAAAAGGCGAGGAAGGAGAAGAAAGCCAAUAAAGAGGGAUAGUUCGGAUCAGGUAAUAUA